GACUUCUCGGGUUUCUCGGCGGUCUCUUGGGAUGCCGAGUUCUGUGCGUGUCUCUGAUUGUUUUGUCAUUAGCAUGACCGCCGCGCUUUUUUGGGCCUUUGGUGAUCUUCGACUUUUUGAUUCGGCGGCUGCUGAUUUAUUCAGCGCUCUUUCUUUUGUCCCACCGGCGGGUCACUGACUUUCGUUUCUAAUUCUAUUUUUCACCAUUUUCUACAUUUCUUCCACAAAUUUCGCCACUUGAAAUUAUGCCGACAUCGACCGCAAUUAUGCCCAAUGUUCUUGUGGCCUGAGUGGGCUCUCUCUUCUCGGUUUCUAUGGGUUCUAGAUUAUGGAUUCUGGAUUUUUGGCCACAACUUUUUCGCAUAAAAACCUAAUGCCGCCGCCGCAGAUCAUACAGUUCUGUUUGGGCCUUGCUUACAAUUAGGAUCCGGUCGGCAGUAAAUCUCUAAUUUCUGUGCACUUUACGUCGAGAAAACUCUAAAACAAGAUGUCCAAGCUGGGUGCUAUCUUGGUGGUGGGCUUGUGCCUGUUUGUGGCCGUGGCCUUGGCCGAGCCACGCCUUCAGCAUGUUCAGGGGCGCAAUCAGGUGCAGGGUCAGAGGGCGCAGCAGCACCCCUACCUCUUCCUGUCGAUUCCCAAGGGUCGGGCCAACGCCGGCGCCGUCGUCCAGGGCUUCGAAAUUGUCGAGGAGGAGGAUGAUGAUCUACAGGAUGAGGACCAGCACGAUGACGAGACGGAGGAUGACGAGGAGCUGGAGCACCAGCUGGGCCUGAACUUUGCCCGCAGCGGUCUGGCUUACAGGCAGAACCACGAUGACGACGAACAGGACGAUGAUCAGGAUCAGGAGCAGGAUCAGGUUCAGGAUGAGCUGCCCAAGAAGCAGAUGAUGGUUAACCGGGACCAGGCUGGCGCCAUUAUGGUGCCCGAUGGCAUUAUCGAGAUCGAGGGUCAGAGUGUCCUGGACGAGAAGACCGGCAAGGCAGCUCUCCUGGUGCCCCGUGCCGCCCUAGACGCCAUUCCCGAUGGCGCGGUGGUGGCUCUCAUGGAGCGAUCCGCCUCAUCCGCUGAUGAAAUCGAGGAGGAGCGCGCCAACCGCGUGGUGGUUCGUCGCCGCAAGAACAACGGACGCAGGAACAUCCGCCGCCGGGGCAUCAACAGCAACAACAUCCGACGCCGCCGCCGCCCUGCCCAAAGGCGUCGCCGAGUGGGCGGCAACCGCAGGCGCAACGUACGCGUCAUCCGCCCCCAGGGCGGCAACCGCAGGCGUGGCAACCAGAGGCGCCGCGGACAGGUCGUCCUCCAGGGUUGAGACACGAAACGGAGGUCGUUCUAGCCCCAUUUCUAUAUAGUAUUAUAGUUAAGAUCCCCUACCGAUCAGGACAAGAAAUUUUAGACACUUGAUGACGAUGCGACAAAUAAAAUGUGAUAUAAAAAUUAUAAAUAUUUUUUUGAUAU